ACAGAGGGUUAUCUGCCACCUGGGAAGAGAUGGAGCUGAAGAAGGAUGUGCUGUUGAUGGUGCAGUCGAUGGCAGCAUCUCUGAGUGAGGACAUUGGUCUCAAAGGGUGUGUGCUCUCCCUGCUGUCCCUGGGUUGUAUUGCCUUCAUCCUCUGGCUCACAACUCACCAGCAAUCAUCCCCACAUAGUCAAGCUCUCACUCCUCACCAAUGGAGGGUACUACUUGACCUCGCUAAGACGUCUUACCAUCGUGAGCACAGAAACGCAGUGUUGGCAGUACUGGACCACGGGGUGGAUGUCAACAACUACACUGACCCAACCACUGGCCUCACUCUAUUACUAUGUGCUUGUUUGAGUGGACAAAAAGAGCUCGUAACAACACUACUUGACAAAGGUGCGCACCCUAAAGCCGUCACCACCUCGGGUCAUUCAGCCUUAUCCCUCGCUACCUGGGCCUGCAACACAAUCGAAGCUUCUGACCCCGACCUGCUAGAUCUGUUAGCAUGCAGAGGAGUGGAGGUGAACCAACAAGAUUGCCAUGGCAACACGGCUCUCUCAAUAGCUGCUCUGUGGGGAAGAGCAGACGUUGUCACAACACUACUUCAAAAUGGUGCAGACCCUGACGUGUGCGGUGGUGAUCAUGUGCGACCUCUUGACCUUGCCGAGGGCUGCGGAAACAAUGAGGUUGCUAGGUUACUAGUGGUACACUCCACAAAACAUUAAUCAAAAACCGUACACGGCUAUAUCACUUCUGUCUCAUAUACACUGUCAUUCCUUGUCAUCAAAUGCUUUAUUUAUUAUUAUAUUAUGUAAUUAUGACAUCAUUAUUGAUCAUAGCUGCAUGGCAAUAAAUUAUGACCUCGUACCCAAGUACCGUAUUACUAGAAUGUUUCGCGAGCAUCAAA